AUGUGGGCACCAGCGACGAGGAUGUUCCUGAACACUGAACAGAUAGAAUCAGUUGUUCAAGUGCCUGCAACUACGCCCUCUUGCGUGUCGUCGGGGCCGGAAUAUGCAUUUGAAGAAGUUGGCGAACAGCAAGCGCCUACUAUCCCUACUGAAGCCGAGCGAGCAGGGGGUGAUGCGCCGCACCCCGUGCGCAGUCUCGCUACUAUAUGCCAUUGCCGCCGGCUGCGCCGAAUGCGCCCCGUCGCCAGCCGCCAGCCGGGCCGGCCG